UCGUUGAUCUCCCUAAUGGGCAGUUGCGCCUCGAGGCGAUUAUCUUGGCAACCCCCACCGAAGCCAACUACUAUCUGCUAAGCGGGACUACUAAAAGACUACAGAUCACUUGGAUCCCACUCACACCACCAUCCACACUAUGGAUUUUGAGGAGUUUGAAGUUGAUAUCGAGCAAGCCAUCAAGGACUCGGAGCCAUCACAAUCAUGCACUGUCACAGAAACUUUGAAUUGGAUCGAUUCAAAGUGGUAUACGCCUGCAAGUAGGAAUGCGCGCUGGAUGGACUUGAUCGGGGACUAUGCUGGUGCAGAACCCUUUGUGAUUGACGGUCAUUCUCUACUCCAGAUCGUACUUGACGAUCCUCUGCUUGCACUAGCGAAGGAUGAUGAUCCGUCGUUUCAAAUCAUUCACGCGAUCUAUUCAGUAGAACGCAUACUGCAAAACUUUCGCAAUCGAUCAGCAAACUUUGACAUCGUGUUUUUCGAUGUCAACCGACACUUAGUACUGCGAGCGGGCGAGUCAGAGUUUACUGUCGCAUCUCGAGCCCUGGCCAGGAGACUCUUAUAUAAGCAUGUUCAGUCUCUGGAUUCAGUGAAUACCUUCGCCUUUGCAAGUCUUUCCGACAAAAAUUGGAUCGACUAUCGUGUUCGAGUGAAGCCAAUGUUUCUCAUGGUCAAUGAUGGCGGUACACUGAAGGAAGGAGUCGGCGGACAAUUCGCUGCCCAUCAAAUACUCACUCAACGGUUAUUUAUCUUCGAUGUACUGGCUAGUGGCUUGGCAAUGGCGCCGCUUCAGGGUGCCGAAUUCAAGGACACCAAGAUUUUAACUUUCGUUUUUGAAUCAAAGCUUCGUUUAAACCAUCGAGGGCAUUUACCUGGCGCUAUUUUAUCCGUGGGCGUCACUGCCAGGGACAUCCUUACUAGUCAUGAGCAAGGGCCAUUCAAUCAAGUCAGUAGUCGCGUUCUUCGCGAAGCAUCAGUGUCACCGUCUUUAUUCGACCUCCGCGCGACCUUGAAGGAUGUUGGAUUGUCAUAUCUUUUAGCAUUCGAGAGCGACACUCAGCCGUCGCUACUUGCUGUUUUCAUCAUCCAUGUCCUUCUUCUCAAAAGUGUCUCCAUCCAGGAUCGAGCGCGGCGCCUGCUGCCAAUUAAACCUGACCUUCUGACUUCAUUGAUGAAAUCCUUCCUUCCUCAUAUCUUCCGAGCGACAGAAGCAGUCAUUGUAUCAAACGAUGCGUCCCUCGACAUUGAUAUUCGUGUGUUCCUUUGUGUCUUGCGUUAUCUUUCUGAGCAUCCAGCUCAAUCGUUGACGGAGAUCCUGGGGCCGACGGUAGCCAAAGUUGCAGAAGGUAUCUUUUCUGAGUUGAAACUCCCGCACCUCAAAUUUUCGCAUUUGAGCGCAUCUUUCCUUCCCGAUGACUUGUAUGAGAUACCAAUUCCCCUCAAGCUCCUUCCGUUUUCCAACCCAGUGUUUGAUAAGGAGCUUUCUGCCGUCCACGUUGAUACGGAGGACGUCACACAGUCCAAUCCCAUAGAAUCUGUUUCUUCCAGCGGAGAAGAGUCUGACGACGAGUGGGAUGACAGCAGCACUAGUGACGAGUCUGCUGAUGUCCACCCAUCCACUCGUUCUUCUCAAAAUCAAACAUCCAGAGGAGACACAAUCUUUUCGGAUACGCAGCAUUGGCACAACAAUAGAAAGGCCAUUCUGCCCAAGCACCUCGGAGGGGAGACUACAGCACCGAUGACUGAAUGGCAGCGUAGUCGCAAGCUUCGUUCGGACCAGCGCUUUAUGAAGACCAUGCAUGACCAAGCCAGCACCUUGACCGGUGCAUCGGGAGCUGUCCUUGAACAAGUGAAGAUACUGUCUGUAGCCUCCCUCUCAAAUCAGCGUACCGUAAAGCCAAAAGCUGCUCACGCUCGUUCGUCAAGUAAGAAUACCGGCAAGAUGUCAAAAGCAGAUGCUAUCCGCGAACAGAACAUUGCUAAGAAGGAAUCUAAACAAGUGUCCGAGUCUGCAGCAUGGAUCGCGUCCCGUGUCCAAGAGAUGGAAAGCCUGAAUGGCGCUAGUCUCGAAAAGUGCCUGCAAGUUCUUGCCCGCAAUCCGCGAACUAGGGAGGCGUCAGUAGGCGCGGAACUUCGGGUCUAUCGUAUGCAUCGUCUGCUCCGAGAGUGGAUCAAUUCCGCUAAUCCAGACUCCCCGGCGAGUCGUGACAAAUAUUCCCUGUUGCUGAUGCGUCUUGUCAAGGAAGUCUGGGAGAUCGGCUUUAGCACAAAAGAGAUGGCCAAUGCAAUCACGAGCGUGUUGAUUACCCUCGGCUUCAGCGACUACAUCGAUAAACUCGUGGUCUCAGGCUCGACCGAUGACAGGGCGCUAACUUUUCGCUUCGUUAAGCUGGUCAAGUCCAAAACCAAGACUGCGGUAUAUGACUUUAUGCGAAUCCAGGAGCACCCCAUAGUGUGGCAGCUCCGCCUAUUUGGAGAAUUUAUGGAUAGAAGCAUGGACAGUCAGGCUGAUACAAGAGUGACCUUCAAGCCAGAUGCGUGGCAACGUGAGGUGCUCGACGCUAUUGAUCAAAAUAUGUCUCUUCUUGUCGUAGCUCCUACCAGUGCGGGGAAGACUUUCAUCUCGUAUUACGCUAUGGAGAAGAUUCUACGAGGGUCCGAUGACGGCAUACUCGUUUAUAUUGCACCGACGAAAGCCCUUGUCGCUCAAGUUGCGGCCGAGAUCUAUGCUAGGUAUAGCAAGGACCUUAACGGUCGUAGUUGCUGGGCGAUUCAUUCCCGUGACUUCCGGGUCCACGAUCCGCAGAACUGUCAAAUCCUUAUCACUGUGCCUGAUAUUCUGGCGAUCAUGCUUUUGUCUCCUCCACUCGCCAAGAUAUGGACACCCCGACUCAAAUAUGUCAUCCUUGACGAGAUUCACACAAUCGGCCAGCAGGAAGGCGGAGCUGUUUGGGAGCAGAUCCUGCUUCUGUCCCCUUGUCCUGUCAUAGGUCUGUCUGCCACAGUCGGAGCACCAGAAAGGUUCAACGAAUGGCUCGAGAGCGUUCAGAAAGCGGGUGGAUUCCAGCACAAGUUCGUGCAUUAUCCAUAUCGUUAUUCGCACUUGAGGAAGUUCUACUACAAUAUCCACGAGAAGCCAAGAGAUACCUUCCAAGGCAUUUCAACAUACAAGACUACGGAAAGGAUGCGAUUUCUGCAUCCACUAGCCAUUCUUUCGUCCAGUGCACGUGCUCUCCCCUCUGAUCUUGCAUUGGAAGCGGUGGAUACAUUGAAUUUAUAUCGUGCUCUUAGUACAUGCACAGCCCUGCAGCCCUCUAUUCUCGCAGCCCUUGAUCCCCCGGUAUUUUUUUCCUCUAGCAAACUGCUUCAGCAGAAGGAUGUAAUCCGAUACGAAGAGGCUUUGAAACAGCACCUCUCCCCGUUGUUGUCUUCUUUCGAUUCGCAAGACUCCGAGACGCCAUUGUCACGCGUCAUUACCCAGCUUCGAGAUGAUGUUUUAUCUCGCGUCCCAGAAAGAGCGUUGAACUCUCAGCCUAGUCGUGUUGUGUCUGGCUCCAACAUCAUUCAUCUGGUCGCCGAUCUUCACGCACAAGGGGACCUCCCCGGUAUCUUCUUCUCAUUCGAUCGAAGUGAUUGCGAAAUGAUGGCCCGCAUUUUGAACAACGUGCUCGAGACCAAGGAAGACGAAUGGCGCAAAAGUAGUCCCGAAUGGAAACGCAAAAUGGCACAAUAUGAUGCAUACCUUCAGGGCGCCAAAGAGCGGGAGCGCCAAGCUGCACGAGCAUCGAAACACAAGGUCGAUGAAGAGGAUAAACGCGCUGACACGAGUGAAUGGCAAGCAUCCUUCAGACCUGAUGAUCCAUUGUCAGACUUCUCGUUCGCUGGUCAAAGUACUUCGUACACUGCAUCGGAGCUUGACGAGGAUAUCACCGAUCUUGUGAGACGGAAAUCUUUUAUACCUGAAUGGGCAUUGAAAUGUUUGAGACGUGGGAUCGCUGUUCACCAUGCUGGUAUGAAUAAAGGGUAUCGCGCACUGGUUGAGGGUCUCUUUCGACGUGGCUUCGUGCGCGUGAUUUUUGCAACGGGCACUCUUGCCUUGGGUAUCAACGCCCCGACCAAAACUUCAAUUUUCUGCGGCGACUCGCCUUUCCUCACUGCACUUAUGUAUCGACAAUGUGCAGGACGCGCUGGACGGCGAGGAUACGACACCCUCGGUAAAGUCGUUUUCUAUGCUCUUCCCAUGAGCAGGGUGCAGAGACUAGUACUUUCAAAAUUGCCAUCUCUCUCUGCCAGUUUCCCUGUAACAUCGACUCUCGUCGUGCGCCUGUUCAAUCUGCUGGAGGGCUCCGAUUACUCCACGAUUGCUGUUGCUGCCGUGCAGCGACUCUUCCGCCUCCCACAAAUCAGUUUUGGCUCUGAGGAAGGAAGAUACCAGCUUUUGCACCAUCUACGUUUCUCCAUCGACUAUUUGCGUCGUGCUGGUCUGCUCGACGAGCAAGGGAAGCCGCUCAAUCUUUUUGGAAUAGCUGCACAUCUGUAUUACACGGAACCCAGCAACUUCGCCCUAGUUGCUCUGCUUCGUAGCGGCGUGAUCCAUAAAAUUUGUGCGCAACCUAACCUGAAGCUUGCGAAACGCAACUUCAUCCUGUUGAUGGCUCACCUCUUUGGACGGCGGUACCUGCCUUCUGCUUGCAUGAAAGAAGAGUACAUCGCGAACGUGGUGAAGAAGUCGCCAUCAAUCGUCAUCCUGCCUCCACUGUCUAAUGCAGCUCGUGACGUGCUCAUAGAACAAGAACGUGAAAUCCUGCAAAUCUUCAGCGGAUAUGCCCUUACCUACGGGACUCAGCACCAAAAGGACCUUGGGCCCGAUAAUAUUCUGCCUCUUAGCAAGAGGAAUAUAUCUGGUACUGCGGAAGAUGAACCGUCACUCAUUCGUGACCAUCUUCACAGUACCGCGAUCCGUGUUGUAGCACGGUCGCUCUUUGUGGCUAACUCGGGCCACGAUGAUCACUUCAGCAGUGUUCGCGACCUCGCUCAAACGGCUCGACGGGGGCUGAACCUGAACGAACAUACCAUCCCAUCGUUUGAAGGCAUCGCUGGAAUAACCAACCAAGAUGAUAGAAAAUACGCGCUGAACGCAUACCUCCUUGAUUUCUACAUGCACGGACAGGUGGCGGCUCUUGCCGCUGCAAACGGAAUUAGGCGGGGUGACGUUUGGUUUUUAUUGCAGGACUUUGACCUCACGUUAAUGACUGUGCGUGGGGUACUUGAGCAACUCAUUCAAAAGAGGUCUGCCGCCGAAAAAGAUGCGACGUCAGGUAAUGAAGAUCUUAGUGAAGAUGUGGACAGUGGAUAUGCAUCCCUCCAGUGGGAGGAUGAAGAAGAGGAGGACGACGCAUCUGGGAAGCAGGGAAGGGGUGAAUUGACUCAUGAUUCGCAGCGACCGCGAGGAGUGUCGGGCGCGGACUGGAGAGUUUUUGAAGUGGUUAACGGUGCGCUCGAAGAGUUCCAUGAAAAGUUCAAGGCUAUGUGGGCCUAAACGUGUACGCACUCAUACUUCAUUAAGCUUCGUUGCUCACACUUAUGCAUAGAUUGAUACCACUGUUAGCGCA